UUGGUGCAUGUGCUGACGUGCCCGUGUUUCACCUUUGUUUGCACACAGCUGGUCUUAGCAGGACAAUUAGGUUAAUUAGUAUCAGCUGCGCUUGUUCAGUAUCGCACCAUGUUGAGUCAGUGGUCAUCGCGCGCGCAGCCAGGUGACCCAGACGCUGCUAAAUGACCAAUUAAGGCCUUUCACAAGACUAUAAGAGAAGGUGACAAAAGCGGCGGCCUGUCCAUUAGGCUACAGAUUUCCAACGUGUGUUCAGAUAAUGGAUGAGAAAACGAACGGUGUGCGGAGCGUGAAACCUGCCGCCGGUCCGCCGCGGCAGCUGUUACACUGCACCCACGCUGGCUGUGGAGCGACUUUCACUCGGCAGUGGAAACUGAAGGAGCAUGAGACGGUGCACACCGGCGCGCGUCCGUGUCGGUGCACAACUGCGGGCUGUGGUCGCAGUUUCUCGAGGAAAUCCCACCUGAGCCGCCACAUGCUUCAGCACGAAGGACUGAAGCAAUUCAAAUGCAAAUUUGCAACCUGCACGAAGAGUUUCUUCGACUCAAAAAAACUGAAGAGACAUGCGCGUUACUGCCACGGAGACAAAAAUAAAUACUUCAAGUGUAACCAGCCAAACUGCUCCUUGACCUUCAAAAAGCGCAGACUGUUUAAGCUGCAUUUAAAGGGACAUGAAGUGUCUGCUACAUUCAAGUGUUCAAGGGAUGGAUGCACUGCCACGUUCGACUCCCAUAUCAACCGCAAAGCUCAUGAGAAGAAGCAUGCAGGGUACCGCUGCCCGUAUGCUAACUGCCAGGUGCUUGAACACACCUGGGGGAAACUUCAGAAGCACAUGGCCAAGCACCCAGCCACCAUUUCAUGCCAACUGUGUAAGAAGGUGUUUAAGAAAGCGGAUGCCCUGCGGAAGCACAAACGAAUCCACGCUUCCCAUAAGCCUGUGCUGGUCUGUCCCAGGGAAGACUGCCAGGCCUACUUCUCUACAACCUUUAACCUGCAGCACCACAUCCGCAAGGUGCACCUUGAUCUACUCAAAUACAAAUGCGCCUUCCCUGACUGCCCACGCAUGUUUGCUAUGCGGGAGAGUAUGAACAGACACCUGCUUCGCCAUGACCCAAGCGCCACCACUCUGAAGAAACGUCAGCGGCCAAAGAAAUCUUGGCAGAAGCGUUUGAAUGGACACCAUCUGCCCCUUGUGGAGGAAAACCUUAAUCGCCUCUUCGCCCUGCGCAUGCGAAUCUCCAGACGAGCCAAAGUGGAAACCAACCUCUCAGGCCUCUUCAAUGAACGCAAGAUCCCGCAUUAUGUUGACCCAGAAGUCAACCUGCGCAACCUGUUUGGCAUCAAACAGUCGCGUCCUUUGGAAGAGAAGUCUGAGGUCUCAACUGUAAAAGGUUAAAUGAAAGAAAUGCGUCUGCAGUUUGACUGUUAAUUUUGAACUUUAAUUUUUGAGAAAUUGGGAAUUUGGGUCUCUCUGCUUUAAGUUUUAUAAUGUAGCUGACAUACAUUAAAAUAUAUUAAUUUCAAAGGAAGUAAUUGAAUGUCACUUAAAACAUUAAGAUGUCAAGCUUUUGAGAAUUUGAAAGAUUGAAUUCUUUGAAGACAACAGGUCUUGAGUGAAAUGCUUAUAACAUUACAUUUGUUGACCCAAUAAAUGAGUUAAAUUUUUGAAAGUGGUAUAUUAAUGCUGUCAUCUUUCAAUUUGAGUGUUUAGAUGAACAG